CUCUUGUGUGUCAUCGCAAUGUCGACGGAAAAUUCGUGGGAAGUUUCCCAGCCUAAGGAUGUCGGCGCCCUGCAGACUCGUGUCCAGGCCGUCGAUGCCGAGGCUCCUGAGGCCCGCAAGCGGCAGAGUCUCUCGGAUUAUCUGACUAUCGUCGCUAGUGGAUUUGCUAUGAUCAGUGAUGGCUAUCAGAAUAACCUCAUGACAAUGGCCAACGUUCUCCUCAAGGCGGAAUACCCCAAGCAAUACGUCUCGGCUGUCUCCACGCGCGUAUCUAAUGCCUUGCUUGUUGGGGAGAUUAUCGGUCAGAUUGUCAUUGGUCUUACCUGUGACUACAUCGGUCGUAAAGCAGCCAUGGUCUUCACCACCAUGAUGAUUGUCAUCGGCGGUAUCCUAGCCACUGCAUCUCACGGUGUCACAAUCGAAGGCAUGUUCUGGAUGUUGACAGUGUCCCGUGGUAUUAUCGGUUUCGGUACCGGCGGUGAAUACCCUGCCUCCUCCGUCUCCGCAUCCGAAACGGCCAACGACUUGGCUCUGGAGAAGCGCGGCCCCGCCUUUAUCAUGGUAACCAACUUCCCACUAUCCUUCGGUGGUCCGUUUGCGGUUUUCGUUUUCCUUAUCGUCUUCUCCGCCUGCCACCAAUCACACUACAGCACCGUGUGGCGCGUCUGCUUCGGCAUCGGCUGCAUCUGGCCGCUAUCCGUGUUCUACUUCCGGUGGCGCAUGCUUAACUCGGCUCUGUACCGCCGUGGCGCCAUCAAAAAGCAAGUUCCUUACGGUUUGGUCAUCCGGUACUACUGGAAAUCUCUCAUCGGCACAUGCGGUGCCUGGUUCCUCUACGACUUCGUCACCUUCCCCAACGGCGUCUUCUCCGCCACCAUCAUCUCCUCCGUGGUCGGAGACUCCUCAAUCCUCCGCACGGGCGAAUGGCAACUCCUCCUCGGCGCCAUCUCCCUCCCGGGUGUCUUCCUCGGCGCUCUGCUCUGCAACAAACUCGGACGCAAGAACGUCAUGAUGCUCGGCUUCGGCGGAUAUCUCAUCUUUGGCCUAAUCAUCGGCUGCGCCUAUGAGAAAAUCACCAAAAUCAUCCCCCUCUUCGUCGUCUUCUACGGCCUGAUGCAGAGCUCGGGUAACUUCGGGCCUGGCAAUAUGCUGGGCUUGCUAUCCUCGGAGCUAUAUGCCACUGGCGUCCGGGGUACCUGUUACGGGUUAUCCGCGGCGGUGGGUAAAGCGGGUGGAGCGAUCGGGACGCAGGCGUUCACGCCUAUCGAGAAUAACCUUGGCAAGCGGUGGACGUUCAUCAUUGCGGCGAUUUGUGGGAUUGUGGGCAUUGCGGUGACGUAUUUCUUCGUGGAUGAUAUCUCGGGCGAGGAUUUGAGGAUUCGCGAUGAGAAGUUCCGGGCGUAUUUGGUGUCGAAGGGGUGGGAUGGGAAUAUGGGCGAGGAUGAUAUGCAGGCGUUGGCGGAUGAGGGGAUUCCCGAGUCGUUGAGGGAGAAGUAAUUGCCUCUGUUGGUUUGAUCGUUAUGAGUGGUAUGUUAGUGGUAUGGAUAUUAAUGUUAAUGAAUGAUAGGUAUUGAUUGAAUACGAGUAUGGGAUAGGUGCUACGCGGCGGAAAUGAUCCCCGCAG